AUUGACCUAUCAGUCUCCACUCUGCGAUAUCAGAAUUAGUCGAUCUAUUCGUAAUCAAAGGAGAAACGUCACUUGUAAUUGCAUCAUCCCCCAUUGUUUCGAACAGAAUGCAAGAUAAUUCUUUUGGUCUUAUCAUUCGAAUGGUGAGCAGUCCGCGCCUCCCGCGGUGUCGAAAGUCCAUUUACUCUGUCCGGAAUGGAGGAAACAAGGUAUCGUCUUCUCAGAGAAGGGUAUUUGGACAUCAAACCUCCUCCAGAUAGUCCAGAAAGAAUACUCCACAAGGCAUGGCGCCGGUUAUGGGUGCGAGCCAUUAUCUUCUUACCCCAGUCAAGGGGCGAACCUCAUCUCAUUCUGCAGUUGUGUCGCAAGGCGCAGGACGACGAGCCCAUGAAACAAGUGAAGGCUUCCCGAGAUGGACUCAGACUCUUCCGAUGCAGGUCUGGAUCCAGGCCUCUGCAGUGCUGGGGCGUGGCUUCAGGCAGCACCCUGCUACUUUAUUUGGCUGCAGCCACGGAACAACUGACUCAAGAAUGGAUGCAUACUCUUAGGGAAGGUCUUUGGCCUACAAUGUCUACGAAUCAUGAUUAUUAUCACGAGGUAUCCUUGAUAGACGACGAAAAGAGCUUCUCUUCCGGUCUCCUUGGUGUGUACGGACGAUUAGUCAAAACGUCCGAAAUGACUCUCAGUAUCAUUCAUCCCCACUGGCAAGGUACGCAGAUGAGGUGGAGAUUAACCGACGUUCUGGAUGUCAGAAUAGUCAGAAGGGUGGAGGAUGAAGAUUCUCCUUCAGGUGUGUUCAGUCUCACAGUGUGCAGCAGCUCCAACAAAGAUACAAGAGUUUUACAAUUCUACAGCAACACAGCCGUAAAAACAGUUGACUGGCUGAAAUCUAUAUUACCUAAUAUUGCGAAGGAUGAACCGAAAGCAAAAGAAACAAAUAAUUCAGAAACGGUACCACAGGGUGAUACAAAAGUAGAGAGAACGAACUUAUUAAUUCCUGUAGAACCAACCGCCAAUUACGCUACCAUACAGAAAACCAAAUCAGAUGUUAAUUCACAAGACAGAGCAGAAGAUAAUGCUGCAGCUUCUGAUGUAUAUGGAAAAGUAGCUGAUGUUUCAAAAAAGUUAUCAAAUAUUCCAGAUGCAUUUCUGAAUGCCAGCACCAGCUCAUUAAUGCUCGAACAGUUCGAAAACUCUGAGAAAGGAACCCAUCAGGGCUCUGACGGAGAAUCAGAUGAUUCAUCCUCGGGCUCUUUCGAUCAUAUUUAUGAAGACUUAGAAAUGAUUAAAGAUAGCAGAUCUUACACCGUGUACGAGAAAGUUGAUGACGACGAUGACGUGUAUGUUCCACAUGCACCCUUUGUGCCACCAAAGUUGCCAGAACGUGCAGGACACAAAAUGAAAGAGAGUGCAAAUGAAAACAUUGUUUCACAAAAUUUGGGUCCGAAUGACCAGAUCGCACCUGCGAGAAAGCAAAAUCUCCAGGACUCGAAUAAUCUGCCACCGACCGCUUUGCGUCUUCAGAAGUUGUGUGAAAGUGUCAGUGAAGCUUUGAAGCAAGCUGAAGAACCCUCAACCCCUGCUCCAUUGGCUCCUAAACGUCCCAGUUUUAUUCGGAAAAUAGUAGGGAAAUCUAAAAGCAAAAGUCACCACGCCAGUCCAACAUUAGAGAAAGCACCUUCACCGAUGCAUCAACCGAAUAAUGCCUCUACUAUAAAACGUGCCGUUUCGGAGUCAGAUCUUACAGAUACGAAAUUGGAAAAUACUGAUUUACCAUUCAGGCCAUUUGAUGUUCAAGUCAGUACUGACAAUCAGCGGAAAUCCCAAAAUGAACCAAAGCAACAGAAUCACGUGCCUCUCGAAGAUCUGUUGAAAAACAUGAAGAUGGGAGACCGUCGGGGAUAUCAACAUCAUCGCAGAGGUGUUUCUGAAGGUGGAAAAAUUGUGUAUGAAAUAGAUAAAUAUACUAAGUAUCUUCAAGUUAGGAACAAAAAUGAAAAGAGAGCCCCAUCAACGGGGCAUUCUUCAGAUCAGCAAGAAGGCGAGUAUAUCGAUAUGACUUGAUUCAUUCAAUGAGAUGGGAGAAUUCAAAAUGGAUGCUUUUUCGACGAACAAUAUAUAAGGAAUUAUUGGAUAAUGAUUCCCUUUUAUCAUUUUAUGAGUCGUAUCGUUGGUGAUUCAACACGUCUUUCAUCUUCGCAAGUUAUGUAAGAAUGAUACUAAUUUAUAAGAAUGCAUACAUACAAUGUUCUAAACUGAGUAAAUAUAGAAUGAUUUGUACA